AUGCAAUGUACUAGAUUUAACCCAGACAACAUUUUUCAACGAUUUGAGGUCAUCGAAUUCCCUAUUUGUUUUGUUGGAUUAUCAAUGACAAAAAUUCUAAAUGUUGGAGUAGAUUUAAACAGUUGUGCUUAUAUUAAAACUAAGCACGAAGGUCGCUUAGUGAGAUUUGAAGAUGCUUGGAACGUAUCAGCACCGCAUAGAACAUUUAGUAUCACCCAGAUAGACAGCCAAAGCCUUAAAAUAAAUUUUGCACCAAGAAACGAAUCAAUAUCAAAAGUCAAACAAAUAAACGAUACUGAUAACAGGUUUGUGAUUGACCUACACCUGAUUCGUACCGACGGAAUACAGUGUUGUCUAGAAGAAGAACAUUCUGAAAUAGGGAGAUAUUACAUAAGUGGACAAUAUGAACAUUGCAAAAUUACUCAUUACCCAAAUACAAUUGAAUUUGGUGAAAUAUUUAUAAAUACGUCUACAAAGAAAUGUAUACAGUUGAAGAAUGAAUGCACUGUACUAACAGUCAUGAUAAAAUACAAGAAAAUUGUUGGUUUUGAAGUAACACCAGAAUGCAUUUCAAUACCACCCAAUUGUUCUAGGAAGUUAUAUGUUAUCGCAAAACCAUCAAGUAUGAACGUUUCCAAUACUAUAACUUUUUACGUAACCAACCCAUUGGAUAGCAAUGAAACUAAGCAGAAAGAUAGCAUUUCAUUACAAUCAACAGACCUUGAAUUUCAAAAUUAUAUUAUAUAUGAAAUACCAUGCAAGCUAAGAGUCAAAUUUCCUAAAAACACAAAACAUGUAAGGGUAACGUCAUUACACAACUUGUACGAACAAGAUAAAAAGUAUACCUACGUUGGUAAAGAAAUUGAAAUACAUAAUUUGAGACAAAAAAUAGCAUUCGAUCACUUACAAGACUGUAAACAAUCACGCUUUACAAAGAAAACACUUGAGAAAACAAUCAUUGGCAAACAACGAUGUUCAUAUGAGGACCUUUUGAGUUGUAAGAAAGUGGGUAAUUUUUGUAUUGAAAAUAAGAGAGCAAUGACCACGUUUGAUGUCUUUAAUAUUGUCAUUACCCCAAAUUGCAUUGAUUUUGGGAGAGUUGGCCUAAUGACUUAUGGAGAACAGGAAAUUUACAUAAAAAAUAAUACUAAAGAUGAUGUUAUCAUUACCUUACUUGAAGAUGAGAGAAUAUUUUACACAGAUAGUAAACUAAAAACUUUUAACGUAAAAGUGAAAUCAUCGUCGCAAAGUAAUAUAAAAUUGUUAUGCUUAGGGUACAUUGAAGGGAAUAAUACGAGCAUAUUUGAGUAUAUAAUAAAUGAAAAAUUCUAUAGAAAACAUCAGUAUCGUUUGCAAGUUGGAAACCCAACAUUAAUGAUAGAAGACAGAAACUUAAAGUUUGGCAUGACAGGAACAGAAAUUUUUGUAACUUCAGUUCCAGUUAAAAUUCUUAAUAAUUUUAAUCUACCAGUGAAUUUUAAUUGGAACGAUUUGCCUCCAGAAAUACCGUUUGAAAUUACUCCUAAAAACGGCUUUAUUCCUAAGCAUAGUUGUAGAAUUUGCGACAUAAUUUACGUCUGCAGACCUUCCAAAUCGAAAAUACAUGAAGUCGAUUUUAUAUCGAAUGGCAGUACUGAGAAAAUUAUACCCCUGGAACUGAAUAUACUCACUAGAAAACUUUCAAUAAAAUUUUUGCAAUCCUUUGUACUAUUUAAAGAUAUUCCACUAAAUUUAGAACGAAAAGAAGUGGUAAAACUCGAAAACUCUUCUAGAGAAAUUGCAUAUUUUCACAUUGUUGAACCAUUAAUUCCUGGCCUAAGUAUUGAACCUAUGAGUGGAAUAAUUAGACCAAAAAUGAUAAUGACUUUCGAAAUAACUGUAAAAAUUCCUUGCAUUAUGGAGUUUUCUUUAGAUAUCAAUGUGAAAAUUAAUAAUAAAGAAAACGUUUAUUUACCUAUAACCGGAAACGUAGUUGAACCAAAACUAGUAAUACAUCCUAAGAGUAUCUGUAUGACAAGAGUGCCAUCUUAUACUAUAACAUACGUACCAGUGACUUUUCAGAAUUUGAGUCCUGCCAAAUGUUCGAUUGAAGUUUUGGGAACCGAAGAUGAUAACAUGUUUGAUAUAUAUACUACUCACGGAAAUGAAAAAGAAAUUGUCUCAAAAUUUGACGUUCACGAAGGACAAACAAAAACUGUUUACGUUAAAGUAUAUGAUGUUUAUCGUAGAGAAUAUGAUAUUUUUUUACCUUUUCGAAUAAAUGAAUUACUCGGUCCUCCAGUUCUGAACUCUUUAUCGACAGAACUUCAAUAUUACACAAAGCAAUAUGAAAAAUGCUACGAAAACAACCCCAGAGUUAAAUUAAAGUCUGUCAAUAAAGACAUUACUUACUGUCGGAUAACAGGAGUAAUAACAGUACCUUGGAUUGUGUUCUCUGUAGACAAAUUUGAAAUUGAUUUUGAUCCUCAUGGGAACAAUACGUUAGAGUUUUCGCUAACUAAUGUUUCCAAGUAUUAUUUAUACAUUUCCAUAUUAACAACAAAAUUAAAUCCUAACUUCACAUUACAUCUUUGCACAGAAGAUGCAGAGGCGUUAACUAAUGAAACUUCUAUCAAAUUCGAAUUAGAUCGAGAUACAAAAGUUGACUUUUUAGUAAAAUUUCACCCUAAAGGUCAUGGAAAAUUUGUUGCGACUGCUUUGCUAUUCCUAGACAAGCAAAUGACAAUACCGUACUAUAACUUAACUUUUGUCGGGAAACGACAAAUUCCCGCCUUUUAUGCUGACACUAAUAGAAUAGUACUUCCACCUAUUUAUGUGGGUACCGAAAUCAUUCGAAUAAUCCGAUUAAAAUUAGAAGCUGAAACAGAUAUGGAAUCAUUUACAUGUGUUUCAAAAGAGGAGCUCAAUCUAAAAGUGUCAUUUAUCGAUCAUGUUAUAGAAUUACUUAAUGAAGAAAAGCAUACUGUGGUAACAGUCGAAAUAAAAAUACUUUGUCAAGCACCAUAUACACGUAACUUAACUCUGAAUUUUAAUCAUGUUUGUGGCUCUGUAUGCGAUGUUGAAGUCAGCUUUUGUUUCACGUACUGUCCAAUAACCUUACACGCAAACACGUAUGUACAAAUUGAAGACAAUCCAUAUCCUUAUUUCCCUCAAAAAUGUCAAUCAAAUCUUUAUGAAUAUAUGGAGGCUUGUACAAGUUUUCUGGAAACAUGGAUGUUUCAACAAGGAUUUCGAAGAGAAUUGUAUCCAGUAAUUCCUAAUACAUUCCAUGCUAUUUCAUCUACAUUAACAUCACAGUCUGGAGGAGUGAAGGUGAAAGGGAUCAACGUUUCAUACCUUAAUUUUAUGAGAAGAAUUGCCAGUCCACUCAUGAAACACAUUAGGAAAAUUUCAGUUCAAGGUGUGGACGAAAAUUUUAAAAACGUGAAAGAGAUACAUGACACUUACAAAGAAAUCAUUAAUUUACUUCGUUCCCGGGGUGCUAAUUUGUGGGUGUUGCAAGCUAGAUUCCUUUUAAGUUACGAACAAUUUGUGGCAUAUUCAGAAAAUGUGACUUCAAAAUGUAAUGCCGACAUAGUUUUAACACAAGAACUAUUAUCCGAUUUUAAUUUAUAUAAUAGAUUAAACAAACAGAGCUGGCUAGAUUUAAUUUUACAGAGUUAUAAAGUUUUUAUUCUCGACAGUUGCUUUUUCGAAUGCGUCUGUGUCAGUUCUCAAUCCAGAGAUAUAGUCAAAAUAGUGAUCGAUUGGUAUAACGAACAAAUAGCAUCACAACAAAAGAAUUUAAUUCCUGGAAGAAAGAAACCAACUAAAAUCAUUACAAAUAUCACAACUGAUUUAUCUGACGGCAUUGCAAUAGCUUCAGCUAUCUUAAAUAAUUGUCCAUUUCUAAAAGAGCAUUUUUCGUUUUUUUGUGAUGUUGACGAGGAAAGUCAGGGUGGAGAUAUAAUACACAAUGCAUGUAUUAUUAUAGACGCUAUGAAUCAAUUGAGACUAUAUUUUCCACUUUGCAGUAAAGAUCUCGAGAGUCCUAAUUUCUUGCAAAUGCUAUUUUUAUCGAUUCACCUUUACGUAGCUUUGCCUAUGCUAAAACCUAAAGAUACAGUUCAAUUUAAGCCGCCUCUUCUGCGAAGCUCAACAAGACAAGUGACUAUUAGCUCGACAAACCAAGAGACACUAAUAUUCAGUUACAAUAUUUUAAAUGCUAAAAGAAGCAAUUUUACUGUAGAAAAAUCAGCUUCUAAUGAUAAUGGUAAGAAAAUUUUUUUAAAUGUCAAAUAUACGGCUUAUUUCGUUGAUGAAGAAGAUUGUCUACUUCUAAUUCAUGGUUAUAACAAAACUAGAAUUUUUGACACAUAUAUUGUCUUUGAGUUAAAGGGAAAAGUUGGUGUUUUAAAUCCAUUGAGGAAAUGUAAGGUUACCGGUCCUCUCUACAGGCCUAAUAAAGUAGACAUAUUAGUAUCAUCACCAUUCGCAUCAACGGCAAGUUUCAAAAUUUAUAUAACGGACGACGAACCAGCAAUACCCGUUAAUUUUGAACCAAAAAGUAAGGAUCGAUUCUGCGUGCGGCGUCUUAACAUAAUCGAUGAUGAAAUCGUUUUGAGCGGAAUACCAAAAGAAAACAGUCAAGAAACACAAGAACAUAAACUAUUUUUACAACUAAUAUGCCUGAACACGCAAGCUGGGAAUUCAUGGAUUUGGUUUCGAAGCGAUGUUGGCGAGUUCUUUAUAAAAGUAACAACGCAGCCGCGUUGGGAUUUACCUUUGGAUAUGCUUCAAGCUAAAGUACAAAAUUGGCCUUUGGACCCUUGUAGCUGCGGCGAAGCUUGCGAAUGCUAUAGAACUACAGUGUUAACUGUACCUCAUAGAAAUGAAUUAAUGACAAAAGCUUUACGACACGCUUUACUCGAAAACGCUACUGACAACAUGAUGCAUGUUUUCGAUCGUCUAAUCGAAACGGUAACAGGCAAAAUUGUGCUGGGCAUGCUUCUAGCAGAAGGCGGGACGAACAUUACAGAAGUCAAACAUAUCCUGCGAAGUGAGACGACGUAUCGUGUGACAUCGCGCACGCUCAAACCUCGCCUGGAACACCUAAAACUAACAAUACACUCUAAUUUUCAAUCGCCUUUGCCGAUCACUAUACCUUCAAACGACAAAUCAGAAAGGUAUUCCAUAACGUUAAUAUCGGAUUGCGGUAUGGAUAUACGCACCUACAGGAUUCUUUUAAUUGAGAAUCAGGAAGGAAUUUCAUAUUGA